CCCGCGGAUCGACCCCGGUGUCUUCCCCCGGCGGAGUCUGCGCGCAGCCCCUCGGCCCGCCGGCGCCCGCCGUCACUGCCAACGGGGCCGCCCGCAGCGCGCAUCCGGGCCGCGGGGCUCCCGAGCCCGGUCCGGAGGUGCGAGGGCGCCGGCCGCAGGGGGUGGCUCGGAGGCCGGCACCCCCGCGGGGAGCGGCGAGGCGACCCUGCCGAGUUUCAGCGCGGGGGCUUGAUGCCUGCUACAAGUGUUGGGAGGACAGGACACCCAGAACCUAUGGGGCGCAGUCGCUUGGAUGGAGACAAAAGCCCUGAGGCAGAGAAGAUGUGAAAGUAAAGAAAAGACUUGAUACCAAAGAUGCUUUGGAGCCAGAAUACUUCCUGGAUUAGACCCCAUGAUUUGUAUCCCGUGGUGUAUAUCAGCCUCAUGGUUGGUGUGGCAUUGGCGUGGCCUGAUUUGUCAGACGAAUCUUGCACUUUAAAGGUGACAUUUCGCAGUUUCCGGCUUAUCUUGUCAUGGGAAUUAAAAAACCAUUCGAUUGCACCAACUCACUAUACGUUAUGGUACACAGUCAUGAGUAAACCAGACGAUAUGAAGAUCGUGGAGCACUGUUCAAAUAUCACAGCAUCAUUUUGCGACCUAACCGAUGUGUGGGAAGUCCUGCCAGAGACGUACAUCCCCAGAGUUGAUGGAUUCAGGGGAAACACAAUGCUGGUCAGCUGUAUCAGCGAUUUCUUCCUGGCAACACACGUGUCUUUGGAACCACCGGACUUUGAUAUUGUUGGCUCUACCAACCACAUCAACGUAAUAGUGAAAUUUCCACCAGUCAUUCCCAAGAUACUAAAUGGCGAGAUCUUACAGUAUUACUUACCGCUCGUCAUCGAAGAACAGUCAGGGAAGAUUGUUAAGAAGCAUCACCCCAAGCUAAAUGGAAACAUCAUUGGAAAUGUCACUUAUGUCAUCGACAAGCUGAUUCCAAACACAAACUACUGUGUAUCUGUCUAUUUUAAGUCUAAAGAUAUGGGAGCAUUAAAUAGAUCUCCAGUCAAAUGUACCUUCCUUCAACCUGGACAGGAAACAGAGUCAUCAGAAUCCGCCAAAAUAGGAGGAAUAAUUAUUAUGUUUUUAAUAGCAGCUGUCUUCAUAAGCACCAUAUUAAUACUGAAACGGGUUGGUUAUAUAUGCUUAAGAAAUGAUUUCCCCAAAGUUUUGAAUUUUAAUAACUUGUCAUCCUGGGUCUUUCUCGAGAGGCCACCCUUGGAAACAGUGGCUUUCGUGGAGGUGAUUCACGUUAACAGGAAGAAGAAAGUGUGGGAUUAUAAUUACGACGAUGAGAGCGACAGCAAUGAUGAGGUGGCCCCUCCAAUAAGCGGAGGUGGUUAUACUAUGCACGGGCUAACGGGCAGGCUUCUGGGUCCGGCCUCCGCCUCCUCGGCCACCUUGGAAGACUGCAACCAGCCGGACGCUGAGGAACCGGAUCAAUCCGAACCUGAGGCUGACACCGAGCCCCUGAUGGCAGCAUGGCCCAGCCCCGGGCAGUCGGAAUGCUGCAAGAGUGGGGCCUACAAGGAGAGAGGGAGGCUGCCACGGGACCCCGUCUCCGAGGAUGAUGACAGCGCCACCGAGGAGUCUGGGGACAAAAUUACCUUCAAUGUAAAUUUAAACUCUGUGUUUGUGAGGAUCCCCGAUGACGACUCAGAAGUACCCCCAACGUCACCAUCUUUUCUGGAAGAGACAGCCAACCUAGAGGAUUCAGAUGAAACAGAAAUAAGCUUUCUGGCAGCCAGUGGGGAAGGGACACAGCCACCCUUCACCAGCCCCUCUGCAGAGUGCCCGUGGCCUGAAGACGCUCUUUCUGACAAAAGUGACAGUUCCGAGUCAGAUGCGGACAUCAGGGAUGGUUAUAUAACGAGAUGAUUCCCAAGGAUAGUUAAUUAACAAGGACCGAUGAGGUUCUCCCUCCGUGUACGGUCACCAGCCCCUCCGGGGCCUGCCAGCGAUGUCGGAGGGAAGGUGCUGGAGACUGCAGUCUGCUGGGUAAUUCCUGGUGACGUCAUCUAUGCAGAUUCCCAGGAUGGCCACAUGGGACCCUCCUAUCCUGCAGUGUAUUGUUUACAUGUCCCAAGGGAUGCACUUUCAAGGGAAAGUGUCCUGUCCAUUUCCUUCCCCGCAUUUAUAAUGGUUCUGCAUCCUGUCUCCCAGAGUAAGGAGCAGGGUCCCCUGCAUCUUUCGUGGGUGGUCCAGGACCCUGCAAGUUAAUGAAAUUAGCCAGGGUGGGAGUGGAGAGUGAAAAGGAAGACACUCAGCAGGGUUCCUAGCAGGUACAGUCAGCAGUGGUGGGUCCAGCAGGCUUAAGGAAGGGGCCAGGAGGGAAAAAGCAGGAAGGGAAGGCCACCAGAAGGAAAGAAAGGGGACCCACAAAGAAACAGAAGCACAGGUUCCGAGUUGGAAGUGGGGAAAGUGGAGCCCAGUCUUGGGCUCCUCCCCGAUGUCACAUUCUGUCACCUACACUCAGAAUUCAGCUCUCCUCAAUUUGAAUGAGGAGGACACAUUCGCACAUAGAAAUAACUCUAGUGUCAGGCAGGUGACUACUAGGAAAUAUCUGCCUGAGGGAGAGGGAUAGAAUCUCAGUGCCAAAUUUUAAGAUUAAAAAAAAAAAGCGAGAGAACAAAUGCAAAAUCGUUUCAAGGUCUUCAGAGGAAAUAAGGCAUGAAAUAAAAUCCCUGGAAGUCCUACUUAGCAAUUUAA